CACACAAGAGCAAGAUGUCAUCCUGGCUUCAGCGCCAGGGUAGCUCCCAUCAGUCGCAGCUGGCUGCUACGGCUGUGCUUUCCGGCGCUGCAGUGGCGGGCGUCAUUCUCGGCUACCAAGCGCUGCGGAGAAAAGAAGCUGUCCAGCAACUCAAGGCCUCGAUCCCGAGUAUCGACGAACAACACCACGCAGAGAAGCUUACAGACUACGGAAUUUCCGCCGUUUCGCAACUGAGCAAGGAAGACGAGCGCAGCGCAGCUCUGGCCCGUCGAGCACAAGAAGGAGAUUACGAUGAUGAACUCAUCCUCGAACAACUUGCCCGCAACCGCGUCUUCCUGACCGACGAAGGUCUCGCGAAGCUCCGGUCCUCAUACAUCAUCGUCGUCGGAUGCGGCGGCGUCGGAUCUCACGCAGUCGCCUCACUCGCACGCUCUGGCGUCUCCAAGAUCCGCCUGAUUGACUUCGACCAAGUGACUCUGUCGUCGCUGAACCGGCACGCGCUGGCGACGCUAGCCGACGUCGGCACGCCCAAGGUGCACUGCAUUCGCAAGCGCCUCGAGCAGAUCGUGCCGUGGGUGAAGUUCGACUGCCGCAACGAGCUCUUUGGCGGCUCAGUCGCCGAGAAGCUGCUGGCACCGUGGACACUGAGCGACCGCGACAAGGGCCGUAAGCCCGACUUUGUGCUCGACUGCAUCGACAACAUCACCUCUAAGGUCGAGCUCCUGCACUACUGCCACGCCAACGACAUCCCCGUCAUCUCCGCCAUGGGCGCCGGCUGCAAGUCGGACCCCACCCGCGUCACCAUCGGCGACAUCUCCCUCAGCACCGACGACCCGCUCUCGCGCAGCACGCGCCGCCGUUUGAAGCUCCUGGGCGUGACCACUGGCAUCCCCGUCGUCUUCUCGACUGAAAAGCCCGGCCCCGGCAAGGCCACGCUGCUCCCACUGGCCGAAGAGGAAUUCUCCAAGGGCCAGGUUGGCGAGCUGAGCGUGCUGCCGGACUUCCGUGCUCGCAUCCUGCCGGUCCUAGGCACCAUGCCCGCCGUUUUCGGGUAUACCCUCGCUAACCACGUUAUUUGCGCCAUCGCCGGCUACCCGCAGGACUACAGCAUCGGGGGCAAGGGCCGCGACAAGCUGUACGACGGCGUCUUGGCUGCCCUCCAGGGCACCCACGAGCGUCUGGCCCGCGCCGAGUACGGCCCCAACCUCGUCGGUCUGCGGUUGCCGGUCAGCAAAGAUGACGUCGGAUACCUGGUCGAUGAGAUCUGGCGCGGCAAGAGCGCCGUCAGUGGGCUACCCAGUCGCGUCUGCCUGGUUCCUUGGGAGCGACCUGAGCGCGGGUUCGCGCCGGACCCGGAGUGGAUGAAGGAAGGACAGACGUAUGUGCCGGUGGAGAUGAAGAACCUGGUCUGCAUGACCAAGGAUGAGGCCACUCGUCAUGAGAAGGAGGUUCUGCUAGGCGGCAAGAAGCUGGAGGAGUUGUACGAUGAAAAGACGAUCGAGAUAGUACGGAAGCGGCAGAAGGAGGUGGAGUUUUACGAGCAGUAUCGGUGAAGCUUGGUUGAUGGCCAUGUCCUAUAAUGAUUUGAUGUGGGGGAUGUGAUGUUUGUAUGGAUAGAUGUGCUUAUGUACCACCACAGGCUUGGAUUUUGUAUAUGGAAUCAGGAUUGACAGACAGUUGAGCCUCAUGUGUGGAAGGCUCAUUGGCGCAACAGACAGUCUCCUAGCAUAUGUGAUC